CUCCACGGCGCGCGGCAAAUCCUGCGGGAUGGCUCGACGCCCGACGGACACCUGUAACCACGCAGACUCUCUGCGCCGCGGAAACGGUGCGAAGGAAACUUCUCCGAACCGGGAACACCGUGUCUAUCUGUUGGUCGCCGAUCAUUUAGGAUAUACAAGCGCGUUGUCUACGUGCUCCUACGAUCAAUCCCCCAGUGACAGUGCAUGUGCCCUGAGUGUACCUUCGUUUCAUUAAGUGUCUCAAUCCGACGUAAAAAAAGUUGUUGGUACUUGGAACAUUUUAAUUGAAAAUCGCAUCGUUUCGUUUACCGAGUAAACUAGAUCGAAUGAUCUUUGUUCUAAUUCGAACAAAUAGAAAUGAUAUUUUGGUCUAUUUAACGAAUAGAUUUUUGCUUGAAAAUGAACGAUUCGGGGGUACCGCGAUCGAGUCUGAUAAGUUUCGUCGUACAUCGAGACAAGUAUUAACGUCCCAACGUGCGUGUAAAGCUCGAUCGGAAUUGAAACAUUUGAUGAACGCCGCGCGAGGAACAAUGGCAAUUUUCUAGAAUGUAAAGUGAACGAAGAUGGUGGUACCGAAGAGAAGCGAUGCUCAAGUCUGGCUGUUCUUGUUUCUGUUACUGAUCCAAGGUGGCAAAUGCAUCAAGUGGCUAGCUCUCGGGCGUACCGAGAAUGGGUACACGUGGACGAGGGAGGCCUGCACCGGUGCGAAGAUUUCUGGACUCCUGGAGAGAAAGCAGGCAAGGGCUUGCAGGGCAACGCCAGACGUGAUGUCUAGCCUGGUGCAAGCAGCGAAGGACACCUCGGUGGUCUGUCAGCAAGUAUUCCGACAUCGUAGGUGGAACUGCAGCAGCAUCGAACGCGCGCCUGAUUACACCCCCGAACUGCUCACCGGGACCAGGGAACAAGCGUUUGUGUAUGCGAUGUCAGCAGCAGCUGCGGUGUGGAGGCUAGCGAGGGGGUGUGCUCUGGGCAACCUGGCCGCCUGCUCCUGCGCCACGCCGCCUCGGAGGGAACCACCGUUGCCUUCCGCCUUGAUCUCACCCUCGUCCUUUACUGCUACGUCCGUCUCCUUCGGCACGCUGUCCUCCAGGAACUCGUUCAAAUGGGGUGGCUGUGGCGACGACGUGAAGUCCGCGUCUCGGAUGGCGAAGAGGUUCCUCCAAGGUGCGACUCCUCCUGGCACAGGUGCAACGGCCAAGUUCAUGCACGCCGUUAACAUGCACAACAACCGGGCGGGUCGAAGGGCGGUCGAACAGUCUUUGAUCCUCGAGUGCAAAUGUCACGGAGUUUCCGGGUCGUGUAGCGUGCGAACCUGUUGGCGAGGCUUGGGUUCCUCGGGGCCGGCGGCAGCCGGGAGUCGGCUGCUCCGGAGAUACGCAACGGCGGCGGAAGUCCGACCGCGAUCAGGCGGCAGGUUACCACCCUUGUAUCAUCACGAUAAUCUGCUGUAUACCACCAAAAGCCCCGACUAUUGUCUACCGGACAAAAGGAAAGGCAGUCUCGGGACCGUUGGCAGACAAUGCAACGGUAGCAGUACGGGAUACGAGGGUUGCGAGUACCUUUGUUGCGGUCGGGGGCAUAUAACGAAGACGGAAGAGGUACUGGAACGAUGCGAUUGCAAGUAUAUCAGUUGCUGUUACGUAAAGUGCAAGACCUGCAGAAGAGUCAUGAAAACCUACGAGUGCAAAUGAAUUCACGCGAAUUCGUAUCGGUAUCCCACUUAUUAGACGUACAAAUAAAUUCUCGCGACCAACUUUCGACUUCAGGUCUUGUAUACGAGACGACGUAACAGUGUGCCAAUAAGAACUGACUCAUUCGUUCAUCAAUCAACAUUUACUCGUUCCACGAGUUCUUCAUUAAAAAGUCCUCAUUAACUCUGUGUGCAUCAGUAUUCAUGCUUCCAAUUAAAACCAGGGGAACUUAUUUGUACACCUAACGUCUUCGCCGAACAAUAACAAAUGUAUUCGAAUUAAUAUUCUCCAGGGACUCUCUAUAAGUAACGAAACUUACGUUCAAGACUCAAUUGUGUAGUACAAAUAAUUUCAAUUGAAACAAUGCAAAACACGUUUUCGAAAAUUAUUACAAGUAAUUGAUCAUCGAUGAUAAAGGUACUUAAUUAGAACGUACAUGUAAUAAUAAUAUUUAAACAAAUAAAACCCUUAUUUAUCUCAACUGCUAUAUUUAUUAAAGUCUUCGAUAUGACAAAUAGAUAAUCGCAGCUGCUGCCUGUUUACAUUGUUCGAACACAGACAUGCGUUUAUCUUUGACCUGAGAUGAAUUAAAAGAACGAGACUGUGGAUUUUUAUGCAAAAUACAAUUUUCUUUUACUUGAAAACAUGGAAUCCGAAGGUUACUUAACAUCAUAAUGCAUCCGUGAAUGCAUAAACAUUCGCAAUCGUCACCAAAGAUCAGAAACGAACUUUUGAUAGGAAGCAGGCAACGCUGUGACAUGUUAGACAUAUAGGCAUAUUUAUUACGAUGUAAAUAAUAAGUUGACUAAGGAUUAUACUCUAACAAUAAAUCUUACUUGGCAUA